UGGCUUUGCCGUAAUUGCUGGAGUCAGAGUUUCAUAGUCUGUCGGGGCGGGUCGUCUCUGCAGAUUAUUAGAAAUUCGUAAAUUUGUGCAUUUUUUUGAUUUAAGUGUAGGGCGACCCGAUUCCAUAUCUGACUCAAGUACUUAAAACAGACAAAAUGUUACAUCUAAAGAAUAUUGCUAAAACAGUUGUGCCUCUUAAAAACACAAUUCAAAAUGAGGCAGUCAAUAAUAUGCUAAAGAUCGCGCCCGCUGCAGUGAAUGUUUGUUGCCGUACUUAUGCGAUGCAUGAAAUUCCAGACAGGCUCAAAGAUAUUCCAACAAGUGCAAACCCGAGAUUCUUCGACAUGGUGGAGUAUUUUUUCCACCGGGCGUGUCAAGUGAUCGAAGAUAAAUUGGUAGAGGACAUGAAAUCCAGGGUUACAAUUGAAGAGAAAAAGAAAAAGGUUGCAGGCAUUUUAAAAUUAAUGCAACCAUGCGAUCAUAUUAUCGAAAUCCAAUUUCCUUUAAGACGCGAUUCUGGUGAUUAUGAAAUGAUACGUGGUUAUCGUGCGCAGCAUUCAUCACACAGGACCCCAACAAAAGGAGGUAUAAGAUUCUCAAUGGACGUGACAAGGGACGAAGUGAAGGCCCUGUCCGCUUUGAUGACCUUCAAGUGUGCGUGUGUUGACGUACCCUUCGGUGGAGCCAAGGCUGGUAUCAAGAUCAACCCUAAGGAAUACUCCGAACAUGAGCUGGAAAAGAUUACAAGACGUUUUACGCUUGAACUCGCGAAGAAAGGCUUCAUUGGGCCCGGCGUUGACGUGCCCGCCCCGGACAUGGGUACUGGCGAACGCGAGAUGUCCUGGAUCGCAGAUACCUACGCAAAGACCAUCGGCUACCAGGACAUUAACGCACACGCUUGCGUUACUGGUAAACCAAUCAACCAGGGUGGUAUUCACGGAAGAGUAUCUGCGACUGGCAGAGGUGUGUUCCACGGUCUUGAAAACUUCAUCAACGAGGCCAAUUACAUGAGCAUGAUUGGUACAACUCCUGGUUGGGGUGGAAAGACUUUCAUCGUGCAAGGUUUCGGUAAUGUGGGUCUGCACACGUGCCGCUACCUCGUCCGCGCCGGAGCCACUUGCAUCGGCAUCAUCGAGCACGACGGCUCCAUCCACAACCCUGACGGUAUUGACCCUAAGGCUCUCGAGGACUACAGAAUCGAGAACGGCACAAUCGUUGGCUUCCCUGGCGCGAAGGCCUACGAGGGUGAGAACAUGUUGUACGAGAAGUGCGACAUUUUAGUACCCGCCGCUGUCGAGCAAGUUAUCCACAAGGAAAAUGCACACAAAAUUCAAGCUAAGAUAAUCGCGGAAGCCGCCAACGGUCCGACCACGCCCGCCGCGGACAAGAUCCUUAUCGACCGCAAUAUCCUGGUCAUCCCAGACUUGUACAUCAACGCUGGUGGUGUGACCGUUUCCUUCUUCGAAUGGCUCAAGAACCUCAACCACGUCUCUUACGGUCGUCUCACGUUCAAGUAUGAACGCGAGUCCAACUACCACUUGCUGGAAUCCGUACAAGAGUCGUUGGAAAGACGUUUCGGUCGCGUGGGCGGUCGCAUCCCCGUCACUCCCUCGGAGUCCUUCCAGAAGAGGAUCUCUGGUGCUUCCGAAAAAGACAUCGUGCACUCUGGACUCGACUAUACCAUGGAGAGAUCAGCUAGGGCUAUAAUGAAGACUGCCCUGAAAUUCGACCUGGGUCUAGAUCUGAGAACCGCGGCGUAUGCCAACUCAAUCGAGAAAAUAUUCACCACAUACGCAGACGCCGGUCUCGCGUUCUAAACACUAAUUUAAAAUACGAAUUUAAGUAUUGUCUGCAUUUUAAAGACAUAGUCCCUUUGCACUUAAGUAUAACUUUUAAGACAUUAUAAUCACAGUAUUUUAUUUGUUAAAAUCAUGGCUUUUUAUUUGUAAACUUAAGAGAAGCUUUGUUAUUAAACUUUAAAGUUAAUAUUUCAACUUCUGAUUGUAUCACCUUUUAUUUUCGAAAUAAAUUGUUUUACUGUUA